AUGGAUGCAAAAAUCGAGAGAUGCGUGGAACCACUUUUUUCCAAAGGAGGAGGAGGAGGAGGAUUGAAGAAGAAGAAGAAGACAAACGACGACGACGAGAAUAAAGACGACGGGGAAAAGAAAAACAUUCUUCCUGCGUUGAUGAUGAUGAGAACAAAAAGAAGAAAGAUUUUUGAGCUGACGACGAAAGUAUACGCCUUGUGCGCGUUAAACGGCGAUUUAGAUCUCGCGAACGCGAUUGAACGCGUCGAUUUGUUGCUUCUCGCGCUCCAAAGUGAUGAUAAUGAUACCGAUGAUACCGCUGAUGAUGAUUCAGAAGACUUUAGUAGGAGUUGGGCGAAAACGAAAAUCGAAAAACAGUUACGAACGAAACAGAGGAGAUUGAAAGAACGGAAAGAUCCGUUCGCGGAGAAAGAGUGGGUGAGAUUUUUAGCGAGAGAAGAAGGGAAAGAAAUUCUCGAGGAGCUGUUCAGGAUGGUGUUGUCGUCGUCGGUUUCUUCUUCCUCUUCUUCUUCUUCUUCUGCUGACGAAGAUAUACGAGAACUUUUUUUCCACCGGUACGUGGUGAUGUUCGUGACGAAAGAGAAAUACGACGCGCGAGCGCGAGCGAGUUUACGGAGGAUGGCGAGCGUUUUAAACGAAUAUUACGAGGAGUAUAUUAUUGUAGAUGGUGACGAUAAGAGUACUAAGAAUCACAAGAAGAAAAGAGUAUUCAUAGAUUGGCGAAAAGAUGUGUGCAAAUUUGAAGCGGCGUUCGCCUGGCACGUGAUUCGAGGCGCGAGGGAGCAAAUGAAACGAGCGACAGAAGGAAGUGGAAUAGAGAGUACUGGGACGACGACGACGACGACCGGAGGUAGCUGGUUGAUGUCGAAAAUACGUGGAGGAGGGGGAGGUGGAAGCAGCGCAUCCGGGAGCAGCGUGAGUACUGUUAGCGAAGAAGACGCAAAGAACGUGACGUCUAAAUUUGGUAAAUAUCUAACGUUAGGGGCCGCCGCGGUGGUGGGCGGUAGUUUGUUGACGUUGACUGGGGGGUUAGCCGCGCCAGCUCUAAUCGCCUCGGUGGGAGGUCUCGCCGCGUCGGGUUCUGUCUUUGCGGUUUUUGGUGUCGGGACAGCGUAUGUUUUGGGAGUUUUAGGUACGACGGGUGUGACUGCGAUAUUUGGCGUCACCGGCGCCGGUUUAGCCGCGCACAAAAUGUCGAAGCGAAUCGAACAAAAUUUAGAGAUUUUCCGAAUUUUACCGCUCCGAGACGGAGGAUUGUUGCUUGGUAGAAAGAAGACGAGUAAUGGUGAGGACAAAGACGAAGAUGAGGAAGACCAAGGAUUUGAUACCGUCAUGAACGCAUCCUUAAAUGUCGUGCUGUACGUUCCCGGAUUCUUAAAGUCCGGACCGGAUGAGCUGUUUGACGCGUUCGGGUCGAAGAACGGGAACUAUUACGCCACCGUAGACGGCGACGGGCCGCUCGGUUUGCGCGUGAUGAAGGUUAAAUCAAAGGAAGACAUCAAAAAUUACGCGGAGAAGAGUGACCGAUUGAGAAAACUAGCGCAUCUGGGUGGAAACGAGUACACCAAUAACGCAGAUAUCGAUGCUGAUACUCUAUUAAUUGUCGAACACGAUGCGAAAACUCUGGACGAUAACAGCGGAGUGGCAAAAAAUGCAGGCAUUUUAAGCGGGUCCGCGAUUCUUUCCUACCACAUUCUUGAAACGAACGAACGCAUAAUUGUUGAUAGUAACAAUAGCAGCUACCAAGCUCACGUGGCGACGUUGAAAGCCAUUGAACGUGCACCGAGACCGGUGCGUUUGCAAAUGCGCAAAAUACAAAAGCUCGAAAUCGAUCGCGAAGAGAUUGCCGACGUCGCGCUAUCGAUCAACGAAGACUUGGAAGAACUGGUUGAGAACGUCGCGAAGGAAGAAAAAGAAAGGGAAGAAACUGUGGAUUGUGAAUCACCGUCGUCUCAUUCGUCGGCGGAGAAACCGAAACCUCCAGCAAAGAAGGAGGGUGUAGAUGAUGUCGGGGAGAGAGAAUCGAACGCAAACGCAAAUCACCAAAAUCUCUUGAUGAGAACGCUCACUCGGACGAUAUCGUCGCCUACAAUAACAACGGCAACAGAAUCAAAAUCAGCGGCGGAAGAGGAAGAAGACGAAGCGAUGGGUACAAACACAAACUGGCCGAUUCAUAGCGGCGAGCAGUUUGUCCUGGAAUGGGAAACCACGGAGUUGACCAAUUUAGGCUCCGCCAUCAAUUUCUUCGCGAGGAAAACGUUAGUCAACGCCGCCGCGCCGCAAGCGUUAGGGCACACCGUUUUUGCCGGUCUCGCGGCGUCGGUCUCGUGGCCGGCAAUUCUUUUAGGCGGCGCGAGUUUCAUCGAUAACCCAUGGUCUGUUCUGAAAGAACGCGCGCAAAUCGCUGGAAAAGAACUGGCGACGAUUCUUCUGUCCAGAGAACACGGGAGAAGGGCGGUAACAUUAAUCGCGUACUCUACUGGUACGUGCGUAAUUCUCGAAUGUUUGAAAGAGCUCGACCGAAUGAUUGAAGACGGGACGUGCUUGGAAAAAGACGCGUUAGGGAUUGUCGAAAAUGUCGUUUUGAUUUCCGUCCCGGUACACGUGGGAAGAAAAGAUUGGCGGAAAAUUCGACGAGUGACAUCUGGUCGUGUCGUGAAUUGCAGAGCGAAAAACGAUUGGGUUUUGCGAUUUAUUUAUAGACUGAAAUCCUACGACGUCAUUUCCUCGUUAGCGGGAGUCGUGCGUCAAAACUACGAAGGCGUAGAGGAUAUUAAAUUAAGCGGCGAUAUUUGCUAUGCGCACGGCGAUAUUCCGAAAGCCAUGGGAGAUAUAUUGAAAGUGGUAGGGUUGGAAACGGAUGAAAGUUCGAAUGCAUUCGGCGAUACCGCAGCAGCUCAUAAUAUUCGGGAAGACGAGAACGAAAGUUCCUUUGAACAAAGAGGAGAGAGCAAUUCGUCGAUCGUCUUGAGCGAGUCCGAUUACGAUAGCGAAAACGAAGCUGAUUUUGCCGCGCAUCAGGAGACGAUAUACUGA